GAUUUGAAGGACCUAAUGCGAAAAGCUGGAGAAGUAACUUUUGCCGAUUGCCAUAAAGACCGCGAUGGGGAAGGUGUGGUUGAGUUUUCCUCAUAUGAAGAUAUGAAAAAUGCUAUUAGAAAACUUGACGAUACUGAAUUGAAGGGUAAACAUAUUAUUCUUCGGGAAGCUCCGAGUCCACCUGCUAAUGGAAAAGAACAUGUUUCCCGCUCUCCUUCGCCUCGUCGUGGACGCGAGGAUUCUCGCAGUCCUAAAAGAAGCCGAUCCAGAAGUGGAGAACGAGAGCGUGUCCACGAUGAUGACAAGCAAGUCGCAUUUGAAUUUCCUUUAAGAAUUUCUUAA